AUGACACAUCGAUCCCCGACCUCCGCACACCAAGAACCCUCCUUUGACCCCACAACGACGAGAGCACGAGAGCAGCUGGGAUUGGGAGGUAGUAGCGAAAGCAGGCCGCCGCGCAACGCCUUCAGCCGGCACUCAUCUACCUCCAGCUCAUAUUCAAUUCACUCGCCGCCCGCGUCUGCCUAUCACGCGACUGGUAACUUUCUUCCCGGGCAGCGCUCACGCGCGGGCACAGGCAGUCCGCGAAUCGCGACCUCCAUUGCGAGCUUAUCAGGAGCGAGUGGGCCUGGCAACAGCACAUCUCGCCUCAUCCGACAUUCACCCUCACUCUCCCACUCCACCCUUGGCUCACCGACAUCCUCCAUCAGCGGUGCCUCCACAGGACACCUGACCAGCCUGCUAGUGACUCAGCUCAACAUCCUGCUGAGCACGCUCAAGGAGAGCAACUACGACACACAAGCAGAGAAAAUACGCCGGCUCCUCGAUGAAAACGGCAUGGAGCUGUUUGAAACAUACUUUAGACGGCUGCUAAGCAGCAGCUGGUCACAGGUCUUUCCACACCAGUCAAGACCUGGCAGCGGACCAUCAAAUCCCGAAUCACAUAGGUUGCUUGAGCAGGAGGUACAUAAGGUCUCGACGGAUGCUGCGCAGGCAGAGAAGAUUGCUGCGGCAUUAGAUGCGGGCGAUCUCGACAUUGAUCUCGUGGCUUUCACUGACCACUUCCACCUGGAUCCUACGGCGAGAUUAGCGCUUGUGCUAGCAUGCAGGACCACGACAGACAAUAUGCUCCGUGCGAAAACGGACUCGAUUCUUGGCGACCUUUGGCAGUCCUUCCUCCCAUCUCUGGCUAAUCCGCAGCUCGACCAUAACGGCGGCGUACAAGAUGCAGUCGCACCCGAAGUUCUGGCUUCCAUCAUCGAGCGCAUCAAUCAAAAUCCACCACGAGACUUUGGCGAUCGACAGAGGGAGGACAUUGUCAUUGCAAUCAAAAUGCGGUAUCAGAAGCUCAACGCGAGAAUCCCGAAUGCAGUAGAAGCUGUGCUAUACUUGACGACAUUGCUGGAGAUCCCCGAGAGUAGACUUGCUCGGGUCGUGCAGAGGAUUGGCCCGAGAAGCACUUCCUCGGUCGAAGCAUGUAAAGAGAUGCUAGCAGGUGUUGAGAACAGGGACAUAUCAUAUAUGCAGGUCGCGAAUGCUCUAUUCUACAUGCUCACGGCACAGGGUGGAGACGCAUUCGACGCCGGCAUAUUCGUGGAAGCACUGAGACACCACAAGGCCGGAUCAAAGAUCGAUUGGACAGAUGUGGUGCAAGGCUUCGACAGAGAGGGAUUGCGAGUAGGCAAGAAGCAGUUCUUGGGACUGUACAACGCUCUUGUCCCUUUGACUGCGGAAUACGCCAAUUUUGAUAUCCAGCAGUUGUGGGGUGGACCAUGGCAAUACCAGCAAACGCAAUUGAGCUUUGUCACGGCGUUUCUGUCGACUACGCCAGAUGAGCUUGACGUGGAGAGGAUACCUCGAUUCAGACGCGCAUUCACCAUGGAAGACUACGCGGACGCUCCGGAUAACAUCAAGGCCUAUGCAGCAGAGGCUGUCAGGCAUCCACUAGUGUCCCGCGAUGCGACAGAGGCCCUUUUCGUGAUGAUCUUUCGCUCCCAGGACGCUUACAACGACGCACAGAUGCUAGGAAUACCGGAGACGAUUAUCAAUCCAAACAUGACCAUUUUCCUAUGCGCGGCGUCUGCCGUGCCGAAGCCAUGGGCGCCUUUGCAGGAUCAGGCUCUGAAACAGCUCUUUUACCCGUUCGUGUUGAAGCAUCAUCCAAACUAUGAAUUUGUCAUGCAUUCGUUGUGGCUGCAUGAUCGAUCGUGGGUGGCACAAAGACUUGUGGACUUUUACCAGCAGAACGGACCUAUCAUCGCGUUAAUAUUCGAGCAUGCUGUUGAGCACGGAUGGCUGGACUUGCUGCUGACGAUUCAAAGCACGUUCGGCGUCGAUUUGGCAGCUUAUGCCCAUAGCAAGGGCCGUUGCGAUUUGCUGGAGUGGGCACAUCCAUUGGUGCAGACACUGGGCGCGAUGGAGUUGGGGCGCGCUGUCCACGAUUUCAUCGGAUCGAAGGUGGAAGACGAGACCAAGGUGCAGAAGGAUGGCGCACAAAGAACCACGGUCCCGCUCGCGUUGAAGACAGUGUACGCUCUACUCAUGUUGCUCGAAACCUUGAUCGGUGACGAGGAACUGGGACCGCUCUACCGACAAUGCCUGCAGACCUAUCCACGACUGUUUAAUUAUGGCGAUGAUCUGCAGCGCGAUGCACUUUUGGAACGACAGUGCGAGAGCGGACAUGGAGUGCCGAACGAAGCAGAUGCAGAGAUGCAAGAGCGCUACAAGAAAAUGUAUGGUGGCGAGGCCACACCGGAUGAUAUCGUGAAGGAGCUCAAGGCAUUCAAGGCCUCGGAUGAUCCCAAUAAACAGGACUUGUUCGCGGCAAUGCUUCAAGGUUUAUUCGACGAGUACAAUUGUUUCGGGGAGUAUCCGAACGAGGCGCUCGCCACGACCGCGGUAUUGUUUGGUGGACUAGUAUCGUACAACGUGCUGUCAAACAUUGCCGAGCAAGCGGCCAUCUACAUGAUCUUCGAAGCUGUAGCUGAGUGCGGACCGGACGACUCUAUGUACCGCUUUGGCUUACAGGCAAUGAUACACUUGCUUGGCAGACUCAAAGAGUGGCCGCAUUUGGCUGAGCGCAUCUUGCGAAUCGAGUCGCUGCAGAAUACUCCAGCUUUUCAAGCUGCGCAGAAUACUCUACGAGAUCUGCAGCAAGAUGGCACCGGUAUGAAUGGAGACGCAGUCAAUGGCAUCACUAACGGCACGCUGGACGAUGAAUUUCCGGUUGACUCGCCAACACCACCUUUCUCCGCGAUCAGGCCGGAUCCACCUUUCAGGGGAGACUUGUACGAGGAGCCGAACGAAGACGUGUCUGAUGGUGUGAUGUUCGCUUUGAACAAUGUCUCGGCUAGGAACCUGGAGGAGAAGUUUCGUGAUCUGGACAAGCUAGAGGAGCGACAUCACCAAUGGUUCGCGCAUUAUCUAGUCGAAGAACUGGCAAAGUCGCAGCCGAACUUCCAGGCACUGUAUUUACAGCUUCUGGAGACCUUCGAUCGUAAAGUGUUGUGGUCAGAAGUGCUGAGGGAGACCUACGUCAGCUGUGCGAAGAUGCUGAAUGCACCUAGCACUAUGGAGCAUGCCAACGAGCGUAACAGCCUGAAGAAUCUUGGUGGCUGGCUUGGGGCUCUGACCCUCGCCCGCGACCAGCCUAUCUUACACCGCAACCUCUCCUUCCGGGAUCUGCUCAUCGAGGGUAACGAGACACAACGACUGCUCGUCGCCAUUCCGUUCACAUGCAAGGCGCUGUGGCACUCUAGAACAUCGAAAGUCUUCAGAACACCGAACCCGUGGCUCAUGGAGUUGCUCGGUAUGCUGAGCGAGCUAUACCAUCACUUCGACCUCAAGCUCAACCUUAAAUUCGAGAUCGAAGUCCUGUGCAAGGAUCUAGGGAUGGAUAUCAAGCUGAUUCCAGAGACCGAAAUCGUGCGCGCUGGACGACCGAUGCCGGAGAAUAAUCCUUUGCAGCCGUAUGUCCAGGAUGGUGGACAAGAUGGGUUUGGUGAUAUGCACAUCAUGGGCUUGUCGAAGCGUCCACCGAACGAGCGCUUCUCGCCAGAUGCCGUUGUCCAGGCGCUGCCGGAUUUGAGGAGUAUGCUGCAUAUCCCGACAGCCGCUGGCACUGUCACGCAGCCUCAGCUACGAGAGAUCUUCAUUUCAGCUGCUCAACAGGCUAUUUACGAGAUCAUCGCACCCGUCGUCGAGCGCUCUGUUACCAUCGCUGCGAUCUCGACGUCUGAGCUUAUCCAGAAGGACUUUGCAACCGAGGCUGAUAUCGAGAAACUCAAGAGCUCUGCUUAUACUGUCGUCAAAGCACUGUCUGGCAGCCUCGCCCUGGUGACGUGUAAGGAACCACUACGGAUGAGUAUUACCAAUAACAUCCGUAUCUCGGCCGGCCGUAACAUCCAGGAGCCUUUGCCUGAAGGUCAGAUCCUUAUGUUUGUCAAUGACAACAUCGAGACGGUUUGCAGUCUCGUUGAGACUGCUGCGGAAGACCACAGUCUAGCUGAGAUCGAUGCACAACUUGCGACUGCUAUUGAGGAACGGAAGAGGCAUAAUGAGCGGCGACCGAAUGAACCCUUCAACAACCCACCUGUCAGUCGUUGGGCGCAGCUCAUUCCUGAGCCCUUCAAGCAGGAUCCACAGGGAGGGAAUGCGAGCGGGCUCAACAGGCAGCAACUUGGUCUCUACGAAGAGUUCGGCCGCCAAGCUCGCAUCACGCCUACAGCCCAUGCUAGCAGCAUGUCCCAGGAUGCUCGUGGUCAGCUGCCGGACGUGUUAGGUGAUGGUUACCUACCGAGCAUGCCGACCCCUGCCGAGGCUCCCGCCAUUCCUCGACCGACGCCCCAACAGCAGCGCUUGCCGAUGCAACCACCCCCCGGCCACGGGCAGGUCAACGGUUUCCUGGACCCUACCAUUGCUUGGCAGCAGUCUAUGGACCUGCUUGAGGAGAUUCUGCAGGUAUGCCGCGAAGCUCCUGAAGAGCAUGUUGCUGAAAUCAGUGGUGACGGACCCAUUCGACGGAUUUUCCAGCAGAUCCUCGGCCUAUUCCAGAUGCAGCCAUUGGCUCAGAGGGAGAGUGUUGCCACUGCCGCGGCCGAGCGUUGUAUUGUGAUGCUCUACAGCGAGUGUCAGAAGCGACUGGAAUACGAAGUCGUGGCGCGUGUCUUGCACGAGCUCAACACUCUGUCGGUUCCUGCAGGCCAUCGUUUGCAGCAAUUUCUCGUUAAUACCGAGGAUGACAAGGUCUACAACAUUGAUGCUACGGUCGUGCUCCUAGCACAGGGAACUAUCGAUGUGUCAACUAUAGACGUCCAGGCACAAAAGGCGAUCAGAGCAAAACGUCCGUCUGUGCUGCCAUUCUUACUUGGCCUCUUUGAUGAGAUCAUCCUGGGAGAGCAUGCAUCCGCUAUGCGCGCCGACUUUGCUUACUCUUUCGACGCACUUGGACAAUGGCUCGCAACUGAGCCCGACAAUGACGCUCUUCGCAAGGUCAUGGCGAGACUGUACGUGCCUAUCAACCAGACGAAUGGCAUGCCCAGUCCGCCACAAGGUGACAAGCGUGACCAAUUUGAGUACACUUUUGAGGAGUGGGUCAGACUUCAGCGUAAGGCACUGCCGCUGCACACCUACCUGGCUUUCGUGCGGCAGCUAUAUGAAAGGCACAUCACCUCCGAGCCGGAGGACUCGCUCGAGUUUCUGCGAGCUUGCCUCGAGAUGUCGUGUGCGACGUUCGAGCGCGCAGCUGGCAGAGGGUUUCCCACUCAGGAGACUGCCUAUGAGCACAUCGACGCGCUUGCGAGAUUGAUCGCUUUCAUUGCCGUGUAUCAGGUCUCGGGUGAUGACGAGGUACAAGGCAGCAAGUCGACAUCACUUAGCACAAUCCUGCAUCUGACUGUCCUGAUCAUGAACGAUCACCAAGUCAAGCAGCGCGAGCAAUGGAAUGGGCGAGUCUACUUCCGCUUUCUGUCAACGUUGCUGUGUGAGAUCCACGAAGCAAGACAACAUGUUGAUGCGCAGAAGCUUCAGCACAUGUCACGAAGCUUCGGCCAUGCAUUGGAGGGUCUGCAGCCAAGGUACUUCAGCAGCUUCCUGCAAUAUUGGAUUGCACUACUCGGCCACCGACUACUGGUUCCAGCCCUUCUGGCUCCGGCAGGACGAAACGAUGGCAGCUGGGACACGUAUAUGCACUUGCUUUGCACUGCCCUCGACAAUCUGGACGCACUCUUUGGCGCGCCUGGAGUCACUCCUAUCGUGGUUCAGGAUUUCUACCGUGGCGUCAAUCGCAUUCUCCUGAUGCUACACCAUGACUUUCCUGAGUUCUUGAUCGAGAGGCAUUAUUAUCUCAAUAGCAAAGUCCCCCGAGGGUGUGUGCAGCUCAACAAUCUCAUCAAUAGCGCUGUGCCCAGAUCGCUUGAGCAGCCUGACCCUUUCCAGCAAGGACUGAAGAUCAACAGACUGGAUCAGGUUCGGCAGGCGCCUCUGGUAGCAAACAAUAUCGGCGAAGUACUGGAGCAGGCUGGAAUCAAAGACGUUGCCGAGCGUAUCUGCACUAGCAGUGACAGUCUCGAAGAAGACUUCGCCUUGAUCGCUAACGCGCUGUCGCCGGCCGACGGCUCAGUGAACGCACUCUUAACGAAUGCCUUGGUGCUAUACAUAGGGGUACACGCCACCUCAGCAUCGAACGUUUUCUCCUCUGCUGCACCCACAGCGCGCCUGCUAGAGCGACUUCUACUGCGCGAAAGCCGGCCAACAGCUCGCCACCUGGUCGCCAUGGCCAUGGUCAAUCAAGUUCGCUACGUCAACGCGCAUACGCAUUACUUCUUCACCGCUCUGCAGCAUAUGAUCACCAUUGCCUCUAGCGAAGUGCAGGAGCAAGUAUUGCUGAUAGUUGAAGAGCGUCUGAUGGCACCGCGUCCACAUCCAUGGGGAGUCAUUGUCAUGAUGCUGGAACUGCUCAAGAACCCGAAUAUCAAUAUCUGGGAUCUUCCUGCCACGAAGGCUGCGACUCAGAUCUCGCAGAUGUUGAAUAGCCUUCUGCAAAGCUCUGAGCCUGCACGCAUGGGUAGGAGUCCUAUUGGUGGCUCCAUGAUGUAG